AUUCGGGCGAGUGGUGGUGAACGAUAAGGAAGGACAGAAGUUCAGACUUCGUCCGAGCUGUCGACUGUCGUUGCCGGCGUGCUCUUAAGUAAACAAGUUUUUGUCAGUGUCUGUCAAAUCUGACAUAUACUGUUCACAUUUCACCUGCGUGAAAGGAAUGGCGUUUUUGAGAGCUGUUGUUCGACAUAACGUGUCUCGUAAGCUGCGUGUUAAUCUGUGUGAUAUUAAUGGGAAUUGUACUCUCGUUCGCCUUUCCCAUCCAACUUCAUCAGUCGUGCCCAUUGCUUUAAAAUCUUCUCAUGCCGCGAGUGCUUUGGGAUAUGAUACUGAACUGCAAAGAAAAUCUGAAAGCCAGCAUCCAAAAGACCCCUUGGACACAGCUUUUGCUGACCCGGAAGCAUCAUUCAAAAGUAAAACGACAUGGGAAGUUAUUCGAGCGUAUAUCGUAUACACUUUAUGUUCAUCGGAGUACUUGGUGGAACAUAAUAUGAAGGGUUUCGUCUGGGUCGGGGAAGUGUGUUACGUCACGGCUUGGCCCAGUGCCUGUAGCGCCGCGGAUUUCGAUCCUUUGCUGGUGCUGCUGCCGCUGGCGAUGGUGCUGGUGCUGGUGCUGCUAGCGCCGCCCAGAGCGGGCAACGACCGCUUUAGUAGGCUGCCGCCGUCCCCGCCCCCGCCCCCGCCCCCGCCUCGCCAUCUCUGA